UCUGCAAUCGUCGGCCAUGCCUUCUGUCCUUGACGGCAUCGGGGACGAGGGCGGUGACGGGGCAAAGGGUGCAGCGCCGCCGCUGGUCGCUCUGCGCCCGUUGUACAUCAGCUCGACCUUUUCCGAACUGGCAGCACGGCCGUGCGCCAUCGACUACACCCCGGGCAAGGGCGGCGCUGGAGCGGAGGACCGCGUCGCUCGAAUGGCCCACAAAAUGUACACUGAAGCGCUGAGCGUGAUGACGUUCGACCAUGAGCGCGCAUAUGUGCUCUUCCUCCACAGCGCCGAGCUGGGAGUCAAGCUGCGUGCCGGCCACAAGGUGUCCAAGGACGAAGCGGCGCGGCUGGCCAAGCUCGUCACCAACGCAAUGACAGCGGCAGAGACGCUCAAAGACCGCCUCAAAGCGCGCUACGAGCACGAAGCCCAGCGCGCCAAGCAACGCGAACGGGAGCACCAGCUGCAGCUGCAGUCGCAGGAAGCCAGCAAGCACAACCCUGCGGGUGCGCAAGGGCCAGCGUCCGCGUCAGCCUCCGCCCACAGCCAAAGUGACUCUCCCGCCGCUCAAUUGGCAGCGUCCAAUCUGACCGAGCAAGACGCGUCUGGGACACGGAGCCACGACCAUGCGGCAGAGGGUAGCUAUGGCAAUGACACUGUCGGUGCAGAUGGCAUUGCCGAUGCAACAGCGUCGUCGGUAGGUUCGCAGUGGUCGGCGGGCGCAAGCCUGUCGUCAUCACUCCCGUCCGACUGGUCGCCGGCGCAUAGCCCUGGGCCAGGUGCUGCUGGCUCUCCUCGGCAGCAUCCUUCGGCGGGCAGCCCAGUUCCGAGCAAACAGAACGCAGCCGCCGCCGGUGGUGGUGGUGGUGGUGGUGCGAAUCAUGGGAAGGGAGCAGCGGCGCAGCCAAAGCAGCGAACCAUCUCAGCGUCGGAGGUGUUUCUGAGCGACCAGAAAACAAAAUCCACGCCCUUCUUGCAACCCAUGCCAGUCUCGACAGAUGCACUCGCCAAUUGGUCGGUGUUUGAGGACGCCGGAUUGAGCAGCAAUGACGCUGCAAGCUCCAUUGUCGCGUCCUCAUCCACGUCGUCGCUGACAUCGAUCGGAUCGCUCCUGCACGGCCCGUAUGACCACUUAGGGCUCAUUACGCCACAGGAAUUCUUCCAAAUGAUGAAUAGCAAGCUACCCAACCACCUGGCAGUCCUCGACAUGCGCAGCGCCUCGGAAAUUGCGUCGUGCGCGUUGCGUUGGCGCGACGCUGCCACACUUCCGCCACAGCUCCUCAAGGCCAACACAUCCAUUGGCGACCUUAUUCCGUCUUUACCACGAGCCUGUGCUGAGCUUCUCUCCCGGCGGACCGAAUUUGAGCAUGUUGUGGUUGUCACUGCGUAUGGCAAUGCGACCGACCUGCAACUGGAAGAGGCGCCCGUCCGCAUUCUGUUUGAUAGUAUUUAUAAAUGGGACUUUUCCUCCUCUCCUGCCCUGAAAAACCAUCUGCGCUACCUGAGUGGAGGCAUCUCGACGUGGCAGACCCUCUACCCGGCGCUGUGUAUCACGCAAUCGCCUUUGGCCAAACACACGCUGUCGAGCAGCCUGCCGGCCCACUUUGGUCAAACGGCCAUCUCGUAUCCAUCCUUGAUGACGCAGGAUCAACGCACGCUGUUGGGGGAGGCGGGCAUUCCGCUCCCACCCGCGUCCGCGGCAGAUCGGCAGCUUGUGGCCUACCCCGAAGUACCUCGGAGUGCACUGCUGGAAGAAUUGGACAGACAGGCAGAGCUUGCUCGCAAGGCCGCCAUCCGCGCUCAAAAGGAGCAAGAGGAGAUCGCGCAGCGUACCAUGCAGGCCGAGCUCGAGGUCAACGCGCGCGAGGCCGCCAAGCGUGCUGCCGCCGAGGCCGCACGCGUGGCCGUCGAAGCGGAUCGUGUGGCGCGGAUUGCUGAACAACAAGCUCGCAAGCAACGUCAAUUGGAACAAGAGCAGGAGGAAUUGCGAAGACAAGCGGCCGCUGCACAAGAAGAAGAUGAAGCGCGGCUGGCGGCGCAGCAGCAAGCGGCCGCAGCAGCAGCUGCAGCAGCGGCAUCGGCUACUGCUCCCCCUGGAGACUCCCUCGAUCGCACGACCAAGCCGCCCCGGGCUGUGUUCUCAAAAUUGCCCCCCGCAGGUGGCGAUGCCAAUGCCUUUUCAGUCCAACCUGCAGCCCCGCCGUUGGCACACUCUGCCGUGGCAGCGGCCGCAGGAGCAACCACUGCCACCACCGUCAUUCCAGUCAUCAACCCGGAGGAGCGUGCUGCCAAACCGUCGCUUACUUCACUCUCUCCACCCCUACAGCCACCACCACCCCCAACGCGCGCCUCCGCGCCACCAGAGGCAAACCUGUCUGCACCCAAACCAAAAUUCGACCAAAGCGUCAAUCGCCAAAUUGCCACGCCAUCCCAACCACAGCCCAUCCCUCGCGGUCGCCGCAAGUCGUUCGAUGGAGCUCUUCCCGGACAGUCACCCUCGUCAGAUAUGAUUGGCACGAGUCCUUCCUUCCAGCAGCAGACGGCUGGUCGGUCACCAAGCACACGCUCUGGCACGAGCCCAUCCGCCUCUGUGAUGUACGGCUCGCCUUCUGCGGCACCUGUGCAAUCUUCGGCGUACGGCGGAGUAGGGGACGGCUUGACGGGCUUGCGCAAUCUGGGCAACACGUGCUUUAUGAACUCAAUGCUGCAGUGCCUCAGCCACACCAUGCCUGUGACCGCCUACUUUAUCAGCAACAAAUUCCGACAAGACGUCAACCGCUACAACCGUCUUGGGCGUGGAGGCAUUCUGGCGGAAAGCUUUUCAGAGCUUUUGCGCAAUCUCUGGCUGCAGCGCUUUCGAUGCUUCUCGCCUUCCGACUUUCUCGGUGCUGUGUGCCGAUUUGGUCCGCAGUUUGCGGGUGGCGAGCAGCACGACUCGCAAGAGCUGCUUGCCUUCCUUCUGGAUGGCCUUCACGAAGACCUCAAUACAAAAGGCCUGACCAAGAACAACCAGCAGCUCAUCACGCAGAGCGAUGGCACGCGUGCGCUUGUUGCGGCCUUGCCAAACCGAGACCAACAGGAAGAGGAGGACGAGGCUCGACGCAACAUGCCGGUUGAGCUCCGUGCCGAGCGCGCCUGGCAGCGAUACAAGCAACGGAACGACUCGGUCAUUGUCGACAUGUUCCAAGGAUUGUUCAAGUCUUCCAUUCAAUGCGACGUUUGCCGCCACGCGUCCAUCACAUUCAGCCCCUUUAUGUUCCUUUCGCUUCCGAUUCCCUUGGACAAGACCCACCCGACCUUGGCGGAUUGCAUUGAGUUGUUUACUCGAAGCGAGCGCAUCGACGGCGAAAACCAAUGGUUUUGCGAGCGCUGUCGGCAGCAUCGAAGUGCCGUGAAAUCGCUCCAAUUGUGGAAGCUCCCGCCCGUGCUCCUCAUCCACUUCAAGCGUUUUUAUUACGACGGCCCAUGGCGGGACAAGCUGCAUCACUAUGUUGAAUUUCCUCUCGAUAAUCUGGACAUGAACCCGCACGUCAUUCACUCGGCUCGACGGCCCUCUACAGAUGCGCGCAUUCCAAUUGCUCCGUACCAUUUGUAUGCCGUUUCGAACCAUGAAGGGACGAUGGAAGGCGGACAUUAUAUUGCCUCCUGUCGCAAUCCAAUAUCCCGCCAGUGGUAUCAAUUUGAUGACAGCGUCGUUCGCCGUCUCACUACGUCGGUCAAGACUCGAGCGGCGUAUGUGCUCUUCUACACGAAUCUGGACUUUGACAAGUACGUGCACCGGCACUUGUUCGAGCCCUCAGCCGAAUAACCGAUUGAGAGCAACUGCGUGGAUUGUUGAUUGUUUAUUGGUUGGCGCUGUGGACAAUUUUAGCACCAUUGAAGUGAUAUUCUUUGUCAA